CACUCCUACGAGCGGCGCAUUGCGAGAUCGCGCGUGCCGAGUCGAGUAGCCGCCGCGAGUUCGGUGUCACGCGAAAACAAUGAUCUUUCAACGACGAAGUUUCUGACUCGAACGCGUCGACACAACAGCAGACGAACACAGAUGAAAAAGAGCUUUCUCGCAAGGACGAAAAAUAGAAAAGAGAUGUCGCGACAUGUAAAUUCGGUCACGUGGACAAUGGAAAAUAUCUGAAAGCAUGGCGAGCAUGUGGCGAAGGUAGCCGGCGUGUUUUUAACGUAGUGUUUAAAUAAUAAUUUUAAGUCGCAACAGCAAAAGAAAGAUGAAGGAAUCUGCGAAGUUAAACAAAGCAAAGAGCAAGGAGCGCAAGGUGAACUGUACCAUUGAGAGUGAAGACUCGAUGAAUUCUGAAUCUGACUUGAUGAAUUCUGAAUCCGAUAAUAAACAUACAGUGAAUUCUGCAGUUGAUGAAGAGGAUUUAGUUGACUCUGAAUCUGAUUUGAGUGCUAAUCUGAUGGAAGAUACAUUUGAUGAUCUAGAAUCUGAUAAUGCAAGCUUAGUGGAAGAUACAAAUGAUGGAGAAGAUGAAGUAGAAUUGGACAGUCAUGAGACUGAAUCUCUUAUAGUGAAUCAAAAGAAGAAGAGGAAGAGAGUCACGGAUGAGUUAAAUGAGGCAGUGCCUAAGAAGAAGAAGUUUGAAAAGAAUCUUUACAAACAACCAACAGUCGAGGAACUCAGUCAACUUAGGGAAACUGAGAAUUUGUUUCAUUCAAAUUUGUUCCGACUACAGAUUGAGGAAGUUCUCAACGAAGUGAGACUCAAAGAUAAAUAUAAAGCAAUAUUUGAAAUUUGGUUUGAUAAAUUGAAAGCAGCAAUUGAGUCUAUCAAAGAGACUGAAGAAGUUCCGCUUGUAGAUAAUAAUUUAAGUGAUAAAUUAGGCAUUUACAUUCCCAUGCCAGAUGUACCAAAUGAAACUAAAAGCGUAUUCAAGUUCUUGAAGCCAUCUAAUAUUAUAGUGAUUGGAUCUUAUCAGGCGGGAUGUAUUCUCGGACCUACCGUCACCGUAGACAUAAUGGUGGAGAUGCCAGCCAGUUUAUUCCGGAAGCAGGAUUAUUCAAACUAUUCGUAUUUUAGAAAGAGAGCGAUAUACUUGGCGUUUGUAUCAUCGGUUAUAGGAAGCGAUAUUGCAGAGAGUAAGAGAUUUAUCGGCGACAAUCUUAGGCCUUUCUUGAAGCUUUGGCCCAGUGGAAAGUUGAACAAAAAGGUGGAUGUAAUAAUACAUGUAUCUGCGCAGGAAACUAGCUUUAAGUUGAACAGAUUUCUACCAGAGAAAAAUAGUAUUAGACCAGCUUGGUUCUUCAAUGAGAAGCCUUCAGAAGAUGCAUCUUUACCGCCCACUCCGUACUACAACUCUCUGAUAUUGCGCGAUUUAAUAAUGUCGAGGAUGAAUUCUGAAGUUGCACAAUUAAUUAAAGAGUAUCCAAAUUUAAGGGAUGGUAUAAUCUUGCUGAAAAUAUGGUUGCGCCAACGUGAAUUGAACAAGGGAUACGACGGUUUUACCGGCCACAUCAUUACUAUGUUUGUAAUCUAUUUACUACGCGAGAAAAAGCUUAACACUUUCAUGAGCAGCUAUCAGAUUGUACGGAACGUUUGGAUUUGCUUAGCACAGGGAAAUUGGUGUGAGAACGGAAUUACCAUGUGCGAGGAUAAGGAUAAUCACAAACAAGUCUCUCACUAUCACAAUUACUAUGAUUGCGUCUUUCUUGAUACUACCGGCUACCACAAUUUCGCGGCGAAUUUGUCAAAAGAUACCUUUUUAUGGGUACAGAGAGAAGCGGCGCUAUGUUUGAAGCAUUUAGACAACAUACACGUGGACAGCUUUCAUGCACUUUUCAUGCGAAAAGUGCCAUUUUAUAGAGCAUUUGAUCACAUUUUAUGUUUUCAGAAAAAGUCAGUUUUAGAAAGAAUUGUGAAAUAUAAAUCUAGCAUGGGAAACAAACUCAAUUACGGACCUGAUAAACGUAGUCAGGCAAUUAAGAUACUUUUUGAAGUUUUGAAGAGAGGUCUAGGAGAUAGAAUUAAUCAGUUGUGUGUAUUACCUAGUACAUAUAAGGAAUGGGAAUGCACCGAGAAGAUGCCAGAUAGUAUUGGAAAACUCGUUAUUGGACUAGAAUUGAAUCCUGAAACAUGUUUCAAUAUUGUAGACAAAGGACCUGAAGCUAAUUUACCAGAAGCAGCUGACUUUAGAAAUUUUUGGGGCACCAAGUCCGAAUUACGUCGAUUUAAAGAUGGAACCAUUCGUGAAGCUGUGAUUUGGUCAAAGGGCAAAACUCUCAUGGACAAAAGAAUAAUAUGCAAGAAGAUAAUAAUGUACCUGCUCAAAACAAAGUUUAAGAUCUUCCCAAAACAAUAUUUGUAUUUCGCGGAUGAAAUGGAAGAUUUGUUAAAGUUGCACAAGUACAAAAUAACACACUUCGUAUAUGGAACUGGUGAAGAAGCUACGCUGAAAGUUCUUCAAGCUUUUAACACCUUAGAAAAAAAAUUAAUGUCGCUGAACGAUAUGCCUUUGACAAUAAAUGGUGUGCAAGGUUCGAGUCCGGUUUUCCGAUACACAGAAAUCUUUCCGCCACUUGCUACCAUUCAUCGGAAAACUAAUGGUGUUACCGAGGAGAAUAAGAAUUGCUUGAGUCUUUCAAAAAACAUUGUAAAAUGUCCUAAAUAUGUUCACGUGCUCGAUGUGACGCUGCAGUUAUCAACUAGUGGGAAAUGGCCCGAAGAAUUGGAAGCCAUUAGGAAGAUGAAGGCAGCGUUUUACAUACAAAUCGCGAAAUGUCUUAGGACGCAGCAUGAAGUGAUAGUGCAGGCUAAUCCGUCUUAUCUAGAUGUUUAUCAGGAUGGAUUUGUUUUCCGAUUAAGAGUGGCGCAUCAAAAAGAAAUUGCUUUAAUGAAACAAGUCAAGGAGAACGGAGUGAUUAAAUACAGGGAUAAUGAAGAAUCCAUUGAACUGGAAAACAAAUUGUUUCAUCUACCGAAAUUAAGCAGCGCCUUGCAUGGGUUACAUUCUCAACAACCAUCGUUCGGUUCGGCUUGCUGUUUGGCGAAACGCUGGUGUUCGGCACAACUAUUAGAUGAUACUCACAUACCAGGAGUUGUGAUUGAAUUGCUCAUGGCAUCACUGUAUCUAGCACCGGAACCGUAUAAGCCGGCUCAGACACCUCAAGUGGCAUUUUUACGAUUCCUGGAAGUUGUUGCGAGAGCUCAUUGGAAUACCGAUCCUGUCAUUGUUAAUUUCAAUGGCGAGAUGACCAAUGAGGAAAUUGCCGCCGUAGAAACGUUAUUUGGUACAGCUCGCAAUUCUCUACCACACCUAUUUAUAUCUACUCCUUACGAUCAGCAGAAAUCCUUGUGGACCAGGAAAGCACCAUCGCAGUUGAUCUUAAACCGUAUGAGUGUGCUAGCGAAGGAAUCGCUGAAAUUAUUCGACGAUUCAUUGUUCAAUAAUAUGAUUUUUGAUGUAAAAUCUAUGUUCCGUCCUCCGCUCUCGGAAUAUGAUUGUUUGUUACAUCUAAAGUCGAAUAUGAUUCCUAGAAGAUUGCAAGCAGUCGAUGUAACCAGCAAAGCAAAAAUCAUAGAUUUACAUCCAUACAAAUUUCACUCCCUUCAAAAAAUUCCGGUCGUGGAUUUUGAUCCUGUGCAAUAUUUCUUGAAAGAUUUAAGAGAGGGUUAUGAGAAUUACGCCUUAUUUUUCCAUGAUUCUUACGGUGGUACGGUGAUCGGGGUUUUGUUUAAACCCACUGUUCUCGAACAUAAAGAUUUCAAAGUGUUGGACGCUAAUUGUAGGAAACUUGACGCCGAUGAUAAACUCGUCUUAAACAUCUCGACGAUGAUCGAAGACUUUUAUAUUUUGGGGAGAGGUAUUAUACGUAAGAUUGAUAUUCUAAACAAACGAUUAUCUUUGACAAUGUCAGAAUCGACUACGUAGGUAAUACCUACAAAGCUCGAAAAUCCUCUCGAGAUCUGUGCAAAAUAUAACUAAAAUUACCUUUC